GGCGGCAGGCGGAGCGGGGCAGUGAGCUCAUUCCCAGGCUCUGGAGAAGAGCAGCGAACGGAGGCUGCAAAGGAGGAGGAGGAGGAGGCGGCUCUUCUUCCUGCAGCAGGAGCAACUUUGUUGGGCAAAACUGAGAGACGCUGCAGUGAGAAGAAGAAGAGGAGGAAAGCGGCAGUAGCUGUGGGAUUUGUGCCUAUAUGCUUCCCUCCCCUCCAUGAAGGAAUUUGGGGGGUGGGGAUGAGUCGAAACAGUCCUGAUGCAGCAGAGAAAGAAGGGCUGAAAUAUUUCAUGGAUGUACUGCACAGUGAUGCUGACAAAAGGAACAGCAGCUUCAAAAUUAUCCUGAUGAAUGAUUAGAAGAAUCACUCAUGGUUAUCCAUUUCAGCAUGGGAAUAUUGAAGCACAAGUUCAUCGAUUUGCCAAGAUGCCACAGAACUUUAGUUUAAAACAAGUUUAACUUCUGAAAUUUGGGGCCUUGUUUUUUGGCGUAUGUGGAAAAAUGACUUCAUGUUAAAAUGGAUGGAUUGAGACGUCUAAGAAGUCAGAAGAGAUUGAACAACAGUGCUUCUUAGACAAAUUGCAUCAAUGGACCAUUUACUACUACAUUAAAUGAUCACAACUGGGAUCUCAUGCAACCUUUGUAUUUUCUGGAGAACCUUCUCCAGAAGAAUGUUAUCAAUUUAAAAGGCAGAGAUGACUGUGUUUUCUUUUGGAGCUUAUUAAGGAUAAAUACUUUUUCCAAUAAUGACCAGUUUGAAGCGGUCCCAGACUGAAAGGGCUGUUGCUACUGGAUUAUCAGAUGGAGCGCCCAAACUUCAUUCAGAUGACUUUUAUAUGAGACGCUUUAGGUCACAAAAUGGUAGUUUGGGGUCUUCAGUGAUGGCUCCAGUAGGCCCUCCACGCAGUGAAGGGUCUCAUCACCUUACUUCUACUCCUGGAGUUCCUAAAAUGGGGGUUAGAGCAAGGAUUGCUGACUGGCCUCCAAGGAAGGAAAACAUCAAAGAAAACAGUAGAUCAAGCCAAGAUAUGGAUACAUCAAGCUGUCUUGAUAGUAUGUCUUCAAAAAGUAGUCCUGGGAGUCAGGGGAGCUCUAUUAACUUGAAUGCCAGUGACUCUGUCAUGUUAAAAAGUAUCCAAAAUACGCUUAAAAACAAAACAAGACAAUCUGACAACUUAGAUUCUAGGUUUCUUACACCUGAUGGUUACCACAGCUCCCCAAGGAAGGCUCUUCGUAGAAUAAGACAGCGUAGUAAUAGUGACAUCACCUUAAGUGAACUUGAUGUUGAUAGCUUCGAUGAAUGUAUCUCACCCAGUUAUAAAUCUGGACCAUCGCUGCACAGAGAAUAUGGUAGUACCUCAUCAAUAGAUAAGCAGGGUACUUCAGGGGACAGCUUUUUUGACCUAUUAAAAGAUUAUAAAGAUGAAAAAUCUGACCAUAGAAUCCCAGGCACCAGCAAAUUCAGUGAACUCCUUAUAGCAAGUGGUAGUAAAGGUUCAGGGUUUUCUUUGGAUGUGAUAGAUGGAGCUAUUACUCAGAGGGAGAACCUCCGGUUAUUUAAAGAAAGGGAGAAACCACUGAAGAGGCGUUCAAAAUCCGAAACGGGGGAUUCUUCCAUUUUUCGAAAGCUCCGUAAUGCCAAAGCUGAUGGGGAACUUGGGAAAUCUUCAGAUCUUGAGGAUAGCAGAUCAGAGGAUAGUGUCAGGCCUUGGAUUUGCCCAAAGUGUUUUGCCCAUUAUGAUGUUCAAAGUAUAUUAUUUGAUUUAACUGAAGUGGCAGUUAAUAGGCACAAUGUUAUUAAACGAAGGAAUACAACAACUGGAGCAUCUGCUGCUGCAGUUGCAUCCUUAGCUUCUGGACCAUUGUCCCAUUCUGCAAGUUUUAAUUCCCCAAUGGGCAGCACAGAAGACCUGAAUUCCAAAGGAAGUCUCAAUAUGGACCAGGGAGAUGAUAAAAGUAAUGAUCUCGUGAUGAGUUGUCCAUAUUUUCGUAAUGAAAUUGGUGGAGAAGGAGAAAGGAAGAUCAGCCUCACCAAAUCUAACUCUGGAUCCUUCAGUGGCUGUGAAAGUGCCUCUUUUGAGUCUACUCUUAGCUCUCAUUGCACAAAUGCAGGAGUCGCUGUGCUUGAAGUACCGAAGGAAAAUCUGAUGUUACACUUGGACAGAGUGAAAAGAUACAUUGUUGAACAUGUGGAUCUUGGUGCAUAUUAUUAUCGGAAAUUCUUUUACCAGAAAGAACACUGGAACUACUUUGGGGCAGAUGAGAACCUUGGCCCUGUAGCUGUGAGUAUCAGAAGAGAAAAACCUGAAGAAAUCAAAGAAAAUGGAUCUCAGUAUAACUACCGCAUCAUUUUCAGAACUAGUGAGCUUACAACACUAAGAGGUUCUGUCUUGGAAGAUGCAAUACCCUCAACUGCAAAGCACUGCACAGCCAGAGGAUUGCCCUUGAAAGAAGUGCUUGAACAUGUGAUUCCUGAACUAAACAUACAUUGCCUUAGACUGGCCUUCAACACUCCGAAAGUCACAGAACAGCUAAUGAAAUUAGAUGAGCAAGGGCUAAGCUAUCAACUUAAAGUGGGGAUCAUGUACUGCAAGUCUGGACAAAGUACUGAAGAGGAAAUGUAUAAUAAUGAAUCGGCAGGCCCAGCCUUUGAAGAAUUUCUUCAGUUACUGGGAGAACGGGUUCGGCUCAAGGGAUUUGAAAAGUACCGUGCCCAGCUAGAUACAAAAACUGAUUCAACUGGCACUCAUUCUCUUUAUACAACAUACAAGGAUUAUGAAAUCAUGUUCCAUGUUUCCACUAUGCUGCCAUACACACCUAACAACAAGCAACAGCUGUUAAGGAAACGACAUAUUGGGAAUGAUAUUGUGACAAUAGUUUUCCAAGAACCUGGAGCAGAACCAUUCAGCCCAAAGAAUAUUCGCUCUCACUUUCAGCAUGUCUUUGUUAUCGUCCGAGUGCACAAUCCUUGUACUGAUAACGUCUGUUACAGUGUUGCUGUUACAAGAUCCAGAGAUGUGCCAUCUUUUGGACCACCAAUACCUAAAGGCAUCACAUUCCCCAAAUCAAAUGUAUUCAGGGAUUUUUUACUAGCUAAAGUGAUCAAUGCUGAGAAUGCAGCUCAUAAAUCGGAGAAGUUCCGUGCCAUGGCCACCCGAACCCGUCAGGAAUACUUGAAAGAUUUGGCAGAAAAGAAUGUCACAAAUACACCAAUUGAUCCAUCUGGCAAAUUCCCCUUCAUCUCACUGGCCUCUAAGAAGAAAGAAAAGUCCAAACCUCAUCCAGGAGUAGAACUCCACAGUUCUGGUGCUGUUAUUUGGAGUCUCUAUGCUAAAGACUACAGCAAGGGCAUAGAUAUAGACUGUCUCCUUGGCAUUUCUAAUGAAUUUGUUGUUAUCAUUGAACAAGAUACAAAGAGUGUUGUGUUCAAUUGUUCUUGUAGAGAUGUAAUAGGGUGGACGUCAACAGAUACAAGUGUCAAAAUUUUCUAUGAAAGGGGUGAAUGUGUUUCUGUAGAAAGUUUCAGAAACCCUGAAGAUAUCAAAGACAUUGUCAAAAGGCUGGAGCUUGUGACAAAGGGCUGCGAGUCAGUGGAAAUGACUUUACGUCGAAAUGGACUAGGCCAGCUUGGUUUCCAUGUAAAUUAUGAAGGAAUUGUUGCUGAUGUUGAACCCUAUGGCUACGCUUGGCAGGCUGGAUUACGGCAAGGCAGCAGAUUAGUGGAAAUUUGCACAGUGGCUGUUGCUACUCUAAGUCAUGAGCAAAUGAUAGAUCUCCUACGAACUUCUGUUACUGUGAAGGUUGUCAUUAUUCCACCUCAUGAAGAUUGUACGCCACGAAGAAGUUUUUCAGAAACUCAUCGCAUGCCAGUGAUGGAAUACAAAAUGAAUGAUGGUGGCGUUCCCUAUGAGUUCAAGUUCCCUUUCAGAAAUAACAACAAAUGGCAGCGAAAUGCUAACAAGGGGCAGGGGUCACAUGUACAACAAAUGCCAUCUCAGAUGCAAAGUCCUGUUACCACAAGGAUUGCCUCAGGGAAAGGUGAAGGGAAAAUGCCUCCUCCAGAGCGAGCAGCCAACAUUCCACGCAGUAUUUCUAGUGAUGGCCGUCCUCUGGAGAGUAGAAGAUUAUCUCCUGGCUCUGAUGUCUAUGUCACCGUGUCAUCCAUUGCCUUAGCAAGAUCACAGCAGUGCCGUAAUUCCCCUAGCAACUUGUCAUCUUCCAGCGAAACUGGGUCUGGUGGAGGCACCUACAGACAAAAAUCUAUGCCUGAAGGAUUUGGAAUGAGUCGAAGAUCCCCUGCCUCUAUUGACCGACAGAACACAGAUACUAGUGGCAGUGGCAAAUCUACCCCUUGCUGGCAGAGAAGUGAGGACAGCAUUGCUGACCAGAUGGAACCAACUUGCCAUCUCCCUGCAAUGUCAAAGGUGCUGCCAUCCUUCAGAGAGAGCCCCACAGGAAGACUGAUGAGGCAAGAUCCAGUAGUUCACUUGUCUCCAAAUAGGCAGGGCCAUUCCGAUAGCCACUAUUCCAGCCAUUCAAGCAGUAAUACAUUGUCCAGCAAUGCUUCAAGUGUCCAUAGUGAUGAGAAGUGGUAUGACAGUGGGGACAGGACAGAGGCAGAGCUGAAUAGCUAUAACUAUCUUCAAGGCACAUCUGCUGAUAGUGGAAUCGAUACCACCUCAUAUGGACCCAGCCAUGGCAGCACAGCCUCCCUGGGCAACUCAGCAACAUCUCCCCGAUCAGGACUCAUGAAAGAGAAAGUAUCACCAUUAUGGCACAGUUCCAGUGAAGUAGUCUGCCUUGCAGACCGGACUUUAGAAAAAGAAAGUCACAUGAUGGACAGAAAGACAGAAUCUUCAUUAAGCUUGGACAUCCAUACCAAAAGUCAACCAGCUUCCAAUCCCUUAACAAGAGAGAACAGUGCGUUUAGCCUUAGUGAUGCUGUUUCCCAUGCAAGUACCAUGGGUUCCCGACACUCUGCCAGCCCUGUUGUUUUCACCAGUGCCAGAAGUUCGCCUAAAGAAGAGCUUCAUUCUGCCACUUCCCCACAGCUUGCACCUUCUUUCUCCUCUUCCUCCUCCUCCUCUGGCCCUAGGACCUUCUACCCACGGCAGGGUGCAACUAGCAAGUACCUGAUUGGAUGGAAAAAACCUGAAGGGACAAUAAACUCUGUGGGGUUUAUGGAUUCAAGAAAGCGUCACCAGAGUGAUGGUAAUGAAAUGGCACAUCCUAGAUUGCGCGCCUCAGCCAGAGAUCUUCGAGCCUCACCAAAGCGAGCAUCUAAAUCAAAUAUUGAAGAAGAGUUGAAGAAGCUGAUCGAUCUAGACAGCCCAACACCAGAAUCUCAGAAGAACUUUAAGUCUCCAUUCCCUAGCACUCCUACCUCAAGGCGUGCCUUGCAAAGGACUCUGUCAGAUGAGAGUAUUUACAGUAGUCAAAGGGAACACUUCUUUCCUUCACGAGCGUCUCUUCUGGACCAAGCCCUUCCAAAUGAUGUCCUUUUCUCCAGCACAUAUCCUUCUCUCCCCAAGUCCUUACCCUUAAGAAGGCCAUCAUACACAUUAGGAAUGAAAUCUUUACAUGGAGAGUUCUCUGCCUCUGACAGCUCCCUCACAGAUAUCCAGGACCAGAGGAGGCAGCCUAUGCCAGACCCAGGUCUUAUGCCUUUGCCCGAUUCUGCUUCUGACUUAGACUGGUCAAACUUGGUAGAUGCUGCCAAAGCCUUUGAGGUCCAAAGAGCCUCAUUUUUUGCAACUGGUGACGAAAACCACAGACCUGUCAGUGUUGCUUCUAAUAACGAUCAUGCUGAAGACCAGAUUCCUGCACAGAUAAAGCCUUACACCGAUAAAGAGUCUCCUCCAUCUCUUGCUUCUAAAGUGAGCCAGCUAGAAAGUAUGCUGAGAAUGCUGCAGGAGGAUUUAAAGAAGGAAAAAGAAGACAAAGCCAAUCUUCAGGCCGAAGUGCAGCACUUGAGGGAAGACAAUUUACGGUUACAAGAAGAAUCCCAGAAUGCCUCUGAGAAACUAAAGAAAUUCACUGAAUGGGUUUUCAAUACAAUUGAUAUGAGCUAAGAAUAGCACACAUGAAACAAACACACUGGCAAAAAAAAAUAUCUGUAGUGGGACUGAAGCUUUGAUAUCACCCUAACCAUAACCUUUGAAAGCCCAAUCAGAGCGCUUUCACAUGUUUCGUACUCUGAUUACCCAUUUUUGCAUCUCUGCAAACACGCAAAACCAUUGCAGAUUUACAAUCAUUGUCUGCCUUUUGUAGAAAAGAAGCAAAAAAAGUGAUUUUAAAGAAAAUAAAACUUUAACUGCUAAAAUGUGAAUGUCUUUAUUUUUUGCACAUUCUCUUUACCUUUUCUGUACAAAAUGACAUGGAGAGUGGACCAGAAUAACUGUCCAUCUGCCUCUAUUUAUUUCUUUUCACUACUUUGUAUCUGUUUCAGAUUAAUCUGCUUUAUUCUUGCUGCUUUAACAAAUAUUACAAGUUCUAGAAAACUAGAAAGAUGUUUAUUUUGCUGCCUCCUUUCUGUUGUAUACCCCAGGCGAGAGGAUGUUUUGGGUGCCUCCUUAAUGAUUUGCACUUCAUUAUCUUUAGUGCUUUCCCCCCAUCUUUUGUAUGGAGCCAUUGCCCAUUGAGUGAGUGUACAGUAUAUACCCAACAGAAACUAGAUAUGGCAGGUUCUCUAAUUUCAUUUUUUGAACAUCUUUCUGAAGUAGGACUUUGCACUUUGGAAGUACAAGAACUGCCAGCUGCAUAAGAGACAGAUGGCACUAAUCCUUGGGCUGCUUGAGAGAAGAGAAUAAUCUGUGCUGUUUUCAAAAUGGCUUCUUCCUAGUUUGGGACCUUACUCUUACCAAUUUUUUUUAGUGCAUAAUACAUUUGAACCCUCCUAAACACUGACAGCACAUGUCCCUGCUGACACCAAAGUUACCUAACUAGAUCUAUCUGUAACUCCUUGCUCUACAUCUGUUACAAGACCCUAAAUCUAACGAAAGAAGCAAGCUAUCCAUGCCUGUGUAUAACUGUUUUGGCUGUUUCUCUACAAUGACCAAAGCCCCACCAACUCACUGUUUAGUGACUGCAGCCCCCCUUCAACCGAUCAGUAGCUGGUGGAGACUAGGGAGAAUCAGAGAAGCAUUUCAUUGCAUCCCAGUAGCCAGACACAGAUUGGUUACAUCAUCUGCUAGCACCUCCAAAGGACCCUGGCAGAUCUCAGUGAAAUGAUGUAAUCAGUCUGUGUCUAGUUGGGUUGUCAUAGCCAGACGUUUCUGUAAUUCCCACCACCAUCACCCCCAUCAGGUUCCAAAUGUCUGGAAUGGGCUGCAGCCAUUAAAAAGUGAAUCAAGCAAGAUGUGGUAUAAUUCCAUCUGUAGAACUUUUACACUACACUCUGCCAUACAGGUAUGUUCUUGGCCACUGAACACUACAAAAGGGAAACCAGAAUGGUCUCUACCUAGUUCUGACAUACACACCCAGCUGAACAGCAUGACACAAGCACCAUUCCACAACAUCCAUGUAUUUUGCCCAGAAAAGGCAACCAAUUACUAGUUGCCUUUUCAUUAGUUGCAAUACUUAGGGUCCAUUAAUGACAAUGUGGCAGAUACAUGUUGCAGUUCAUGGACUGCAUAAUAACAUAAGGCUGCACACAGUGUUACCUGUGCCUGAAACCUAGUGACUGUAGUGGCAUUCCCAUUUUGUAACAUUAUGCAGUAUUGUGGCUUAAGCAGGAUAUAUUCUUGCCCCUGUAUUCUCUUUUAGGACCCUACCUAUCAAAAAGAGGUCAGCAAAUGCAUAUCAGCAGUUACUUACACAAAUAAGCCUUUAAUAUAUUUGCUUUCAGUGUCCCAGGUGAAAAGACAGUUGAAUGAUUAUCCUUAAUAUGAUCAAAAUCAUCCUUUUAUUUAUAGAAUCAAGUUAAAGAAAGAAUCUAUCCUUUUGUUCUUGAUGUGUGGAUUUUCUAGUAAUACUGGCUUGGAUGAAAUGUAUGUAUGCUGGGAGGCUAACUUGCCAUAAAAUGUCACAUCUUCAGGAAUAAACUCUUAGUAUGGGGUUGGGAAAAACUUGUGUGUGCUGCAGCUUGCCUAAGCAUUGUUUCAAGUGGCAUGUUGUGAACCUAGUUCAUAAGCUCCGCUGCAUGCAACCAUAAUACUCUUCCCAGAUCUAACAGUAACAGUCUAUGUCUGUCCAUUUCACAAACCCUCCCCUCUUCUCUGUUUUCCAGCCACCUUUCAUUACUGGAAAUCUCCUUAACCUCUGCCAUUCAGUCUUCUUCCCCUUCAUUGACAUGCCUUCUCCUAACUCUUAAUAACUGUAUGAAUCCACAUGGUUUGCUUUGACCUAAAGUUUCAUUUGUGACAACAAUCCCAUUGGGAUGCAUUUCUGAUAAUAUUUGGACAUGAAAGAAAAUGGUUUUGAAAGUAUUUCUAGAAUGAUUAUACAGAGAACUAGAAUGUCUUAAGAGUUUUCUUUUUCCAGUAACUUGUAUGAAGGAGAUCUAUACAAUGCCUGAUGUAAUUAGUAAAUGGGAAAUAUUGCUAACAUCUCUAAGCAUCUUGACAUAUUUUUUUCCUCUCUUUAUUUUUUUUUAAAAAGAAAGCAUUGGGACUUUGGGCAGACUAUUUAUUAGAGUUUUGCAACAGAGUUCUUGUAUGAAGCCUCUGAAAGGCUACUUGUAAAAAACUGACAAUAAAAUCCAUUUUAAAGGCU